AGCGCCGUUUGACCAGGACGACGUGAGAAAUGCGCACCAAAACGUAAAACGAGCAUGUGUGCAACAGAGAUGCAAUACAAACCUAUAAUUCUUCUCCGACAUUUCAACAUCACAACAUAAUUGUGGUUUUUAAGCCUGAAUGAUAAGACUAGGGUUGAGAGAACUAGAAGAUCAUGGCGAACACAGUGAUAAAUGGUCAUGAAGGUGAACGACAAGGAGAAUUUCAGGUUAUGCACUUAGAACCUCGACCUCUUCGGCCUUUCAAGUCGAGCGAAGAGUAUUUGUAUGCCAUGAAAGAAGACAUAGCUGACUGGUUAAAUACGCUCUACGACCUAAGAAUCACUGCCGAAAAUUUUAUAGAAAGUCUCGAAACGGGGGUCGUUUUGUGUCGACAUGCAAAUCAGGUUGUCAGAACGGCUCGGGAUUGGCGACACUCUGGUCGAAACGGCCUCAAUACGGUCAUCCCGGAGCGUGACGUGGUGUAUCGCAGUGAGGUCCAGCCCGGAACAUUUCAUGCACGGGACAAUGUCUCCAACUUUAUCACGUGGUGUAGGAGUCUCUCGAUCAUGGAAUGCUUGCUGUUCGAGACAGACGAUUUGGUGCUGAGGAAGAACGAGAAAAGCUUCAUCUUGUGUCUACUGGAGGUGGCACGACGAGGUUCGAAAUUCGGAAUGGCCGCUCCACUCUUGGUCCAGAUGGAGGAUGAGAUCGAUGCCGAACUGGCGAAAGAUGAGUUUGACUCCGACGGCCACGAAGCUGACGACGACUCUGAUGCUACCAGCACGUCCGGCGUUGGAGAGCCCCGGCCUCAGAUUAUUACCAACGAUCUCCGAAGUCUUCACGAAAGG